UCUAUUCUGGUCUUUUGCUAACAAAACCUAAACCAUGGCGCGAGGAGAGUUCAAGGUGACUAUGAGCAAGCAAGAAGUGGUAGCAGCUGCCAUGCCAUUGCAAGAGCAUUGGCUACCACUCUCCAACCUUGACUUGCUUUUGCCACCUCUGGACGUGGGAGUUUUCUUUUGCUACAAUAAUAAGCAAAGCAUGAGCUUUGGGUCCAUGGUUGGGGUUCUGAAGAAGGCCAUGGCUCAAGCUCUUGUGACUUUCUACGCCUUCUCUGGUGAGGUAGUGCCGAACUCUGUCGGGGAGCCCGAGAUUCUAUGCAACAACCGCGGUGUUGAUUUCGCUGAAGCUUUUGCAGAUGUUGAGCUUAAGGAGCUUAACCUUUAUGACCCUGAUGAGAGCAUUGAGGGCAAAUUGGUGCCCAACAAGAACCAAGGCAUAUUGGCUGUCCAGGCAACUGAGCUUAAGUGUGGUGGCAUAGUGGUGGCAUGCACAUUUGAUCAUCGCAUAGCAGAUGCCUACUCAACCAACAUGUUUCUGGUGUCAUGGGCAGAGAUGGCUCAGUCCAAAUCCCUCACUAUCCACCCAACUUUUCGUCGUUCUUUGCUUAACCCUCGUCGACCUGGUCACAUCGAUCCCUCCCUUAACAACAUGUAUGUGCCCGUCACGGCGUUGCCACCUCCCAGUAAAGGCAGUACUACAGAUGAUCAUGACCAUCUCAUCAGCCGCAUAUACUAUGUCACUGCCGAGCAGCUUAAAAAUUUCAAAGACCUAGCUACCUCCAAUGGCUGCAAAAGGACCAAGCUUGAGUGUUUCUGUGCAUUCUUGUGGAAAAUGGUAGCAAAAAGUGAAACUAGUAAUGAUCGUGCCCAAAAAAUAUGUAAAAUGGGCAUCGUUGUUGAUGGACGGAGAAGAUUAAGGGACGGAAAUUACCAAAACGACCAUUCAACAUUAAUGGCUACAUACUUUGGAAAUGUGCUGUCUAUUCCAUUUGGUGGGGAAAAAGUUGAAGACCUAACUAAGAAACCACUAAAUUGGGUGGCUGAGGAAGUCCAUAAUUUUUUGGAAUGUGCUGUGACUAAGGAGCAUUUUUUAGGGUUGAUAGAUUGGGUUGAGGCACAUAGGCCUGUGCCAGGCUUGGCCAAAAUAUACGGCUGUGGGAGCGAUGAGGGACCGGCUUUUGUUGUGUCGUCUGGCCAGCGGUUCCCCGUUUCGAAGGUGGACUUUGGGUGGGGCUCGCCAGUUUUCGGGUCCUACCAUUUCCCGUGGGGAGGCACUGCCGGGUAUGUGAUGCCAAUGCCAAGUCCAGUUGGUAAUGGUGACUGGAUUGUGUACAUGCACAUGUUGAAAGGGCAGAUCGAGUUGAUAGAGAAGGAGGCUGCUCAUGUGUUAAAGCCCUUGACUUUUGAUUAUCUUGAUCAGUUAAAUUUAGAUAUAAUCAAGUAGUAUUGCCUAUAGCUAUGUCAUUAUGCCUUACUUGUAAUGUAGCUCUUGCUGCAAAUAUAUUGUAUCUUGUUUGUAUCAAAAGCAUGCAAGAGACUGUGGCUUUGCUUGCAUGUAUUUAUAUGGUUAAUAUGUUAAAACAAUUUCCCAAGUUUG